AUGGAUUUGUUCUUUCGGCGAAUCAGUAUGAGUGUUCCACUGUCCAUGGGUCCUAUGUUGCUAAUGGAGAGCAGACAGACAAACGGUCCGAUGUAUCACGGUGCUCAUUACAUGCAGCCUGGACCGCCACCAUCAUCCGCAAUACCAAAUGGUACUCAUAUUCCGCCCAAUUUAAUACAAUCGCAUCAUUCAGUGCACGGGCAAGCUGCUGCAUCCGGACAGCACAUUAUCACAUCCUCAAUGAAUAGGUCUCAAAGAUGUGGUGUAUGCCGUGGCUGUCAAUGUAAACCAUGUGGACAGUGCACUUAUUGUCAGGACAGCCCACAGUUUGGUGGUCCAGGUGUUAAGAAGCAAUCUUGUAUCGAACGAAGAUGCUUACGCGUACUUGAAAACAGAUUGCAGAGAGAUGCACCGACGUUCAAAGCUCGUGUUGGAUGUAAUCAGUGUGAAGACUGUCGGAUGCCCGAUUGUCAAAUAUGCCUUGUAUGUCUUGACAAAAGAUUUUUCGAUAACCGAUAUAUGACUGGUGCAAUGUGCGCCAAGAAACGCUGUAAUAAUGCCACAAGCAUAGAACUACCUGCUGCACAAAAUGCUGAAUUACGACAGGCACAUAAGAGGACAUACGAACAGUCAGGAAUGACGGAUUAUCAGAUUAUGAAACGUCGCGUUCAUCAAGGUCUGGAACAGCUGGGACAGACGCAACAACAACGCAUCCUGAAUAUGCCAGCACAAGCGGUUCUGAAUGGACAAGGAUGCCCUACCCCACCGAGUGCCACCGCUCUUUAUGUUAGCCAACAAAUGCGAUUGGUGUCAUCCCAGUCGGGAACACCGCAGCAGUUACUUAUCGUCCAUCAUCAGCAACAACAACAUCAUCCUGGAACUGGGUCUGUUGUUCCAUCCACCACUGCACGAUGUGCAGAAACGACUGCGAUCAGCACCACCCAGGAAUCAGUAACAGUCGCAAAUUCCGGUGCACUCUCUGGUACCAGCAGUGGUACCAUUCAUAUGACGCCACAAUCGCGACAUGUACAGCAUCCCGCACCUCAAUACAUACAGCAGAUACAAACACAACAUGUUUCCCAUCCGUAUCUGAUUGUGGGAGCUGGAUCUAAUGCCUCAUAUCUUCCGAGCUACAUUGAAGAACGUGUGGUGCCUCAGUCGGAUCCAUUUACACCACCGAGUUAUGCACCGGAAAUGAAGAAUGUUGUCGUAUUGCAGCCCUUAUGA